UGGUGACGAUCACACGGGCCUAUCGCCAUCUGAGGCGUUGAUUUGUUUUCUGCAAACGUGAGUCUGGGAGUUUCAAAUGGGUGUGUUUUCCGACGUGCACUAACUGUUUGUAAAACUUCCAAACCCAUACGAAUAUCACUUCCCUCCAGCUUUCUACCGUUUUGCUUUCUUUACUGUGGCCUGCUCUUACCUCAAUUGCACAAAUCUUGGUCUCAGCGAGGGAUCUAGGCCCGAAACGUCAGCUUUCCUGCUCCUCUGAUGCUGCUUGACCUGCUGUGUACAUCCAGCUGCACACCGUGUUAUCUCGGAUUCUCCAGCAUCUGCCGUUCCGGUUUUCUCAGCGACUCUGCACCGCACUCGUGGAUGAUCACGUGGUUUUCACUGAUCCCGCCCUCCCUUCAUUCUGAUUGGGCGACAUCCGUCCGGUCAUGCACGGCACACCUGUGCUCCUAUUGGUCGCGCACUGACAUCAAUCAGCCAGACUUCACUGUGAGCUGGAGCAUGCGCAGUGCUUUGUGUUAUUGUUCGAAGCAAAUGAACGUCGUCGCAAUGUUUCAUUUUGAGACGAAUGAGACUGAAAACUGGAUCUGUCUUUUUACCUUCACAGAUGCUGCCAGACCUGCUGAGCUUUUCCAGCAACUUUGCUUUUGUUCCUGAUUGACAACAUCCCAGUUCUUUUGUUAUUUUUUAAUAAGUCGCGAUUGAAAAGGCUUCCUGCCGCUCAAAGCUAAAGGUACUCUUGAUACCGCUCUGUCAGCCAAUAGAGAAAUAGCGGUGAAAUAAGGGUAAUAAAUACAGGUCUAGCAGUCCUCAGGUAAGAUGUAAAGGGAAUAAUUAUGAAUAUGAAGAACAUCACGUGGUGAAGUGAGGUGAGUGUUGUUCAUAUGAACUGUGAUUGGGCAGAGAGGGAGGUUAAUCAAAAAAGAACAAGCAGAAAAGAGAUUCUCAAGAAAGGUCUGUGCAAUGGAAAGCAACGAGAAUCAGAAGAUAAAAGCCCAACACAAGAAAAAGUUUGAAGACCGCGGCUGCAGAAACUCCAAUAAGUUGUUUCACUGCUCUACUGCCUAGUUAUUGACUUAAGCAGUAUAAUCCACAUUCAACUGUCGGAAAUGUGUUUGAAUUUCCACAUUGCUGUUUGUCCUUCCACUUGAGGAGGAGCAUUUGGAAUGGCAGGAAGCAGCUGACAUCAGUGAUGUUUGGCUGGAAGUACAAGGUGAAGCAGGAAAACUGUAGGACAGAUGAGACCAUCCUUCCUCUUGACAGCUGACCAGCCAGUCUGGCCACCAAAUAAAUUAAUAGACGUAUUGGUCACAUGUGGGCAGGCCUCCUGGUGCCUUCACCUCCAUGGGCAAUAUACCAGGAAGGCUGUUCAGGGAAGAUGGUGAAGAUGGGAAACUGCAUCCAUGACAUGAUGCCCACGUUUACAAACAAGCCCUCCCCACAUGACAACCGCGUACAUGGAGAUGAAGUGGAAAACAGCAGUGUAAUUAGAACUAACACGAAUUGAAGCGGAGGGAAAGGAGCAAUACCUUCGUGGUAUCACUCUUGGUUGUGAGAAGAGUUUUGAGGUUUGACGAUACUUCACCUUUCUCAUUCCUCAGACUCCAACCCACUUUGAUUCUGAAAGAUUUGACUGUUAUUUCCGGUCAGUCAGCUUGCCGAAGCAGUCAGAUUUCCGUCAUACUACUCUGAAUAAAAAUGGCAUCAGGAGAUGAGCUUCCAUCACAUCUCACUGUCAAUACCUCCAACGUUCAAAUUCUUAACUCUGAGACCUCAAAAAGACUCGUCGAAAAUUUUGUAAUCGCUCUCAUGAACAAGGAGCGUUUCUACAUCUGCACAUUCUUUUCGACAUACCAAGCAUAUACCACUGCUGAAAGUGUGUUGUACAUCCUCCUGGACAAAUAUGGAAGCUUUGACACCUCAGAGGCAGAAGAGAUUCCAGUAAUCGAUUCAGUGAGCACAAACAGCGGAAACAAUGCUAACAUUCCGAGCUGUGAGGAGCUUGAAAAUCCAAUUCCUCUAGAGACAGUUGCUGAGAUCAGAAAGUAAGUAUUGAUCCAAUGUGUGAGGAAAUGAUGCUUUAAUCAGAAUACAACUAUGUGAAGGGCAACCUCUGGAGGCCGCCAUUUUCAGGAACAUUAUUUAGAGACUUUCUCCUGAAACUUAGCAGCAUCUGUGGUGAGAAAGCAGAGUGGGCAUUUUGAGUUGAGGUUCCCAUGUUCAGAACUUCGCAUCUCUGAAGACGUGUCGCUUGGCUCAACUUGAACUCUGUUUUCUGUCUGUAGAUGCUGCAAAACCUGUUGAGUUUCUCCAGCAAUGCCUGCUUUUCUUUCAGCUUGUCGGCUUCUGUAGUUUGUUCUUUUACAUUAAAGAAACAGUUGGCUGUUGUUCUAAUAUUUGCUCUGUUCUUAGUGUUGUAAAAAGAAAUUUUAGAUGGAAGAUUGUGGUUCAUGCUGCAGGCCUUCUGCUGGAACUGCAACCUGGAGGCCUUGGCCGAUUCCAGCGGUGACCAACAAAGAGAUCAUUGCCGGGUUACUCACCAGUUGACGGUUUGGCUCAGUUUUGACAGCUGCUAGUCCAGUGAAAGGGAUGGCAGAUCAGCACCUUUCUCAGCCCUACUGUUAAUGCUGAUUGUCACUGAGGUUGUGUAAGUGGGCACCAUCAGGAAAGUGAGGGAGGCAGUCCUUAGAUGUCAGGGAGAGCCCAGGUGAAAAAGAGAACUGGCCCAUGUCACAUAGCUUUGCAAUGUGUAGGUGGUAAACUCCCUCCCUGCCAUUUUCCUAAUCCUCCCACCUCCAAUUUAAUUGUCAGCGAAUGAUUGGCCAUGCAUUAACACACAGUCUUUAAUGGAAUAUUUCUUUUCCAAACAUUGGACUGUGCACUGCCAGUAAAUAUAUUGAAAAACUUGACUCUCUAACUCUGUUUGCAGUGUUAUUACAUGUCCCACCUCCCCGCAUCGCCCAAAAAAAUCCAGACCAUUGUGCUUUGAGAACUUGUGUGAAAGUUGAAAUCCCUUCUUCCUUGCAACUCCCCCAGCUCCUCUUCCAGACUCAACUCCUGUCACUUGCAAACCACCUGUUAGAGCUUGGAAGGGAAAAACAAAUCUUGAUCUAUUGUAGUUACAUACAUCAGAAAUGUUGCCUGUUUAACAAAUCCAGUUGAAUAGGACUUGACAACUUGAGAGGGCUUGUCAUCUGAAGAGUGGUUGAGGGUUUUGGUUCAGUUUAGGAUGGAGUUUAGAAGGAUGGGAGGGAAUUUUAUUGGCACUUACAGAAUACUGAGAGGCCUGGAAGGAUUGUACAUGGAACAGAGAAGAUGUUUCCACUAGGAGGAGAGAUUAGGACAUGCGGGCACAGUCGCGGAGUGAAGAGGCCAACCUUUAGAACUAAGGUAAGAAAGAAUUUCUUCAGACAGGGAGUGGUUAAUCUGAGGAAAACAUUGCAGGAAGCCGACGUCAUUCGGACUGUUUAAGAUAGAGAGAGAGAUGGGUUCUUGAUUAAUAAGGGGAUCAAGGGUUUCAGAAGAAGGCUGGCGAUUGGGCUUCAGAAACAUCACAGCCAGAAUUGAAUGGCAAAGCAGACUGAGGAGGUCGAAUGAGCUAAUUCUGCCCCUAUAUCUUAUGGUCUUAUGGAUUUGACACUAAAUAUUUCAUUGGUUCUUUUGUGAUGAAGCCACUUCUGGGUGCAAGUGUUUUUUUAAAAUGUCUUUAGUUUUUGCCUUAUAUAGUCAGGAAGGCAAAUGCAAUGUUGGCAUUUAUUGUGAAAAGAUAUGAAUCUAAAAACAGGGCUGUACCUCUGAGGCUUUAUAAGGCUCUGGUCUGGCCGUACUUGGAGUACUGCGUGCAGACUUGGGCCCAUAUCUCAGGAAGGAUGUACUGUCCCUGGAACGUGUUCAGAGGAGGUUCACGAGAAUGGUCCAGGGAAUUGAAACCUUAAAAUAUGAGGAACGGUUGAUGACUCUGAGACUCUACUCAUUUGGGGUUUAGAAGGAUGAGGGGUGAUCUAAUUGAAACUUUCAGAACACUGAAUGGCCUCGACAGAAUGGUUGUUGGGAAGAUGCUUCCAUCGGUAGGAGAGACGAGGCCCCGAGGGCACAGCCUUAGAAUGAAGACAAGACCUUUUAAAUUGGAGAUUUGCAGAAACUUCUUCAGCCAGAGAGUUUUAAGUCUGUGAAAUUCACUGCCACAGAAUGCUGUGGAGGCCAGGAAAUUUAAAACUGAGACAGAUAGGUGCCUGAUUAUCAAGGGGAUCAAGGGCUAUGGGGAGAAAGCAGGAGAAUGGGGUUGAGGAACUUAUCAGCCAUGACGAAAUGGCAGAACAGACUCAAUGGGCCGAAUGGCCUAAUUUCUGCACCUAUGUCUUACGGUUUUGUGGUCUUAAAUAAUUGCAGGUCUAAAACCUUUGACAGCCCAAACUCUGAGAAAGAUGAAGAACCAAGUUCACCAAAAGAGACAGCAACAAUUUCAAAUUCUGGAAAUGUUGACAGUGCAAAUGGUGAGGAAAAUGGAAGUUGUGUUUCUUCAGGAUCCAGCGAAAUAAUUGCUGAAUAUGGAAGCUUUGACACCUCAGAGGCAGAAGAGAUUCCAGUAAUCGAUUCAGUGAACACAAACAUCGGGAACAAUGAUAACAUUCUGAGCUGUGAGGAGCUUGAAAAUCCAAUUCCUCCAAAGACAGUUGCUGAGAUCAGAAAGCCUUCUGCUGGAUCUGAAACCUGGAGGCCUUGGCCGAUUCCAGCGGUGACCAAUACAGAGAUUGCUGCCGGCGUUACUCACCAGUUGACGGUUUGGAUCAGUUUUGACAGCUGCUGGUCCAGUGAAAGGGAUGGCAGAUCAGCAUCCUUCUCAGCCCAACUGUUAAUGCUGAUUGUCACUGAGGUUGUGUAUGCACUGUCCCUGGAACGGGUUCAGAGGAGGUUCAUGAGAAUGGUCCAGGGAAUGGAAAGCUUAAAAUAUGAGGAACGUUUGAGGACUCUGAGACUAUACUCAUUGGAGAUUAGAUGGAUGAGGGGUGAUCUAAUUGAAACUUUUAGAAUACUGAAUGGCCUGGACAGAGUGGAUGUUGGGAAGAUGCUUUCAUUGGUAGGAGAGACUAGGACCCGAGGGCCCACUUUUAGAAUAAAGAGGAGAUCUUUUCAAUUGGAGAUUUGGAGAAACCUCUUCAGCCAGAGAGUGUUGAAUCUGUGAAAUUCACUGC